UUGUUGUACACAUGGUGUUGUUCCUUGCCGAGCCCUUGUCUUCAUCCGGCUACUUCACCCUGAGACCGCUUCUUGUCAUCUGCUUUUGGGUCCACAUACCUGCAUAUAGCACCUCGCCAUACGACAAGGUUUGCAUAUAGCCUACUUUGACUUCGCUCUACUGGUCCACUGGUUUGGUAAAUGCUACUUGAAAGACAAACACUUCUAAGUGGACAUAAGUGGGAUCUGCACCGUCUGACUGGCUCCUCCACCCAUACUGAACACAAGGGAGAAACACAUCGUGAAUCUGAAAGUUAUCUGUGAAGCCACGGAGCCUUAUCCAUCGGGCAGCAGAUGAAGAGGAAGCUGGUCUCCAUCACCACAGCAACGUCUGAUCACACUUGGACACGUGAGGUGAGCAGUUUUCUGGACGGGGCGCGCGCUCAGGAGGCUGCAGGUGAUGAUGAAGACGCGCUCCGGCGGGGGUUGACAUGGCAGCAUAACGGCCAGGUUUUUAGCAUCCUGAGCCGCGGAUCUCAGUACCGGCCGUCCGGCAGGAGGCAGACCGGGUCGCCCCGCCGCGAUAACCCUGUGGUCGUCGUCAGCAGCGGGAACGACACGGUCCCCGCCGCGUCCCGGGGCUCCCCGCGGGUCCCCGCCGCCAGCAGCGCUGCGCAAUUGCGCGCGACCAUGCGGCAGCAGCCGCCGCCGCCCGGCCGCGACGGAGACUCUGUCCCGGCCGGACGGGAGGACAUGAUGGUCGGAGACGAUCCGUACAACCCGUACAAGGCUUCUAACUAUUAUCCCUAUUAUAACUACUACAACUCGUACUACAGACCCAGAGCCAGGACUCAGCCCCGGCACGGAUACGGAACCAGCUACCACCAGAACGGUCUCCCUGAUCUGGUUCCUGAUCCGUACUACAUCCAGAUCGCCACCUACGUCCAGAGAAUGCCCAUGUACAACCUCCGCUGUGCUGCUGAGGAGAACUGCCUCGCCUCUUCCUCUAGUUACUCUCAGGAUUACGACACCAGAGUUUUGCUGAGGUUUCCUCAGAGGGUGAAGAACCAGGGAACAGCCGACUUCCUGCCCAGUAAACCUCGAUAUGCCUGGGAGUGGCACAGCUGCCAUAAUCACUUCCACAGCAUGGACGAGUUCAGCCUGUACGAGCUGCUGGACGUCCACACGCAGAGUCAGGUCGCUGAGGGUCACAAGGCAAGCUUCUGUCUGGAGGACACUUCCUGUGACCCGGGAUACUACCGCCGCUUCGCCUGCACCUCACACACUCAGGGUUUGAGUCCAGGUUGUUAUGACACCUACAACGCCGACAUUGACUGUCAGUGGAUCGACAUCACUGACGUCUCUCCUGGAAAAUACAUCCUCAAGGUGACAGUCAACCCCAGGCAGCAGGUUCCAGAGUCCAACUUUAACAACAACGUGGUUCGCUGUGACGUCCAGUACACCGGCACCGCCGCUCACGUCUCUGGAUGCACCAUGACAUCCUACUGAGAUGAAAUCUGCAAUAUGAGCUACAGAAACGGCUACAGAAGAAUGAAGCUUGAAGUUACAUGUAAUUUAAAUAAUUCAGUUAUAACCAGAUUAAAUAACAAAAACUGGAUUACUCACUAACAAGUUUUUCAAAUUACUGGCGCAGGUAUUCGUGUCAGUAUUAAUGGAUGUGGGUUAAUGCACCACGGUUAAGUACAUUCAUCUUUACUUUCUGGACUAAGUUUCGAGGUUCUGGAUUGGGUUGCACCAGCUAUUUGUAAAUCCAUGAUUAAGUCUGUGUUCAAAGUCUUUUCUGAGAUCUUAAUAAAUAUUACCUAGUUUCAAAUCAGUGAUGUACUUUUUCAAGGAAGGAAAUGUCUGGUCUAGUAACGACUUUAGAGAUCUGUAAAUCGUUUGCUAGGAAACAUCUGUAGCAGCGUCCAAUCAAAAGCCAUCUAUGCAAACUGUAACAUCACCAGCUGUAACCUAACUUCCAAAAAUCCAUUUUAGGGGGCCAAAUAUAUUAAAGUACCUGCCAAUCCGUUGUAAAUGUAGGUCAAUCUUUGCUUUCUUUAGUGUACAUGGAGAAGUUCGUGGGUUUCACGGUUUGUAGCAUUAAUGAAGUUUAGAAUGUGAAACAUCUGAUUGCACAACUUCACCAACAGAGUAAUUGGUCAUUCAGUAACAUUAUUUAACAUCAUCGGCAUAACGUUUACUGAUUUGAGGACUGUAUUCUUUUGUAAGAUAGAUUUAAAAUCGUUUUUAUCAAUAAUAAACAGCAUUUUGAUCAGACACCCUUUUUAAUUAUAAAACAAUCACACACAUGGCCAGAGGGCAGGGGUAAAGAUGAAUUUGUUAGUUAUAAAGCUUUCAGCCUUUAUAUUUGUUCUUUUCCCCUUUUGAUGAAUUUUUCUCAUUGUGUGUUUUAAUGUUUUCAGAACGCAUCUGGAGAUAUUAUUUUCUGAUCUUAAUCUCUGAUCUCACCGAGCUGACAAACCACUUUCUAAGGAUCACAGAAUAAUAAUUUUGUGAUCACAAAUAGAAAGUUACUUACAUGCAUGUUCUCCCUGGGCUUCCGUAGACUUCUUUUAUACUAUAUGUGAUAUAACUGGCAUUUUAAUGUUAAUUUAAUGUUUUGAAUAUGAGAAAUUGCACAUUGACAGUUUCUGGACAUUUUCAGAGAAAAGUGACCACAGCAGUUUCUGUUUUAAACUUCUUAUAAGGUUUUAUUUCACUAGUGGUGUUUUUGUGUUCAUUAUUGGUGCUGUAGAGUAGAUCUUUGAGUUUUGGUGCUAAAGGUGGUUUUCACUUUGUGACAUUUUGUGUCCGCAAACUGAUUUGAACUAAAAAUACUCAGCAGAUGGACACAAAAUGAGCUGCUGGAGGUCAGACUUACAAACUCGUGUGUGUGUUUCUGUUGGUGAGCGCUGUAUCGAGUGUGUAUACAGAGUACACAGGGUGUAACCACCUGUAACCACACAUCCCUGCAGAGCUGUAUAUAUAAGAGCUCACAUCUCAUGUUAUUAACCUGCAUUACUGCUUCUUAUCACAUUAAUAAAGUUUGCUUGAAUGUGAA